AUUUUAUUAAUUUCUUCAAUAUUUGUGUCACCUGCAUUAAUGUCUCCUACCUUAUUAAUCAUUUCGUAUUCUUUUCUCAAAUCUCAAUUAUUUCCCACAAAUAUAUUUCAUCACUUUCACCAUUUGGUAAUGGUUACUACUUACUAGUUGAUUCUUCAUUCCAUGCAUAGUGGCAUUCAAGGCAAGCUUUCCUUUCCGGAUAAAACUCUAGUUCAUAGGAGGGGCUAAAAUGACUAAAAUUCCCAUAUUUUUUGUGGGGUUUUGGCUAUUAUGUAACUGGGCAGGUUUGUUGGAGACAGGAUCCAUGAUGAAGUAUAAGGACCCUAAUGAGUCAAUUGAUAUUAGGGUUGAGGAUCUUAUUAACAGGAUGACUCUUGAGGAGAAAAUUGGUCAAAUGUUACAGAUUGAGCGCAAGUAUGCAUCUGAUGAUGUGCUCAACAAGUAUUUUAUAGGAAGUGUUAUGAGUGAGGGAGGGAGUAUUCCAGUUCCACAGGCUUCUGCUGAAGAUUGGAUUAACAUGUUGAAUGAAUUUCAGAAGGAUGCUUUAUCAACCAGGCUUGGAAUUCCAAUAUUUUAUGGCAUCGAUGCUGUUCAUGGCCAUAACUCUGUUUAUAAAGCAACUAUUUUUCCUCACAAUAUUGGACUCGGAGCUACCAGGGACCCUGAACUAGUCAAGAGAAUUGGAGCUGCAACUGCACUUGAAGUUAGAGCAACAGGAAUUCAGUAUGUUUAUGCACCUUGUGUAGCAGUUUGUAGAGAUCCAAGAUGGGGUCGGUGUUAUGAAAGCUACAGUGAAGAUCCUAAAAUAGUUCAAGCUAUGACUGAAAUCAUAUCAGGAUUGCAAGGGGAGAUCCCUCCUAAUAUGCCAAAGGGUGUUCCUUUUAUUGCUGGAAAAGAAAAGGUUAUAGCUUGUGCUAAGCAUUAUGUGGGUGAUGGUGGAACAACCAAUGGGAUUGAUGAGAGUAACACUGUUAUAGAUAGAGAUGAAUUGAUGGGAAUUCACAUGCCAGGGUACUUUAGCUCCAUUGACAAGGGUGUGGCAACCAUUAUGGUCUCUUACUCAAGUUGGAACGGAGUAAAAAUGCAUGCUAACCAUGACCUUAUUACUGGCUUCCUCAAAAACACUCUUCAUUUCCAGGGAUUGGUUAUUACAGAUUUUGAAGGUAUUGAUAGGAUCACCGAUCCACCUCGUGCCAACUGCACUUAUUCGGUUCAAGCAGGAGUUUCUGCUGGCAUGGACAUGUUCAUGGUUCCAAAAUUCUACAGAGAGUUCAUUGACGAUCUAACUAUAUUGGUGAACAAUAAAUUCAUUCCUAUGAGUCGAAUUGAUGAUGCGGUGAAAAGAAUUUUGCGGGUUAAAUUCAUGAUGGGUAUUUUUGAGAACCCUUUUGCUGAUUACAGUCUGGUCAACUAUCUGGGGAUUAAGGAGCAUAGAGAACUGGCUAGAGAAGCUGUAAGGAAAUCAAUGGUCCUUCUGAAAAAUGGUAAAUCUGCUGAGAUGCCUUUAUUACCUCUUCCUAAAAAGGUUCCAAAAAUACUUGUGGCUGGAAGCCAUGCAAAUAAUCUAGGAUAUCAGUGUGGUGGAUGGACCAUUAAAUGGCAAGGAAUCAGUGGCAAUGAUAUUCUCAAAGGGACUACAAUUCUCAAUGCUGUAAAAAACACUGUUGAUCCAGAGACCAUAGUGAUCUACAAGGAGAACCCUGAUAAAGAAUUUGUUGAAUCCAAUGGAUUUUCCUAUGCCAUAGUUGUAGUAGGAGAGCAUCCUUAUGCUGAAAUGCAUGGUGACAAUAUGAACUUGACAAUUCCCAACCCUGGUCCUGAGACCAUAACAAAUGUUUGUGGAGCUAUAAAAUGUGUGGUUGUGAUUAUUUCCGGUCGCCCUUUAGUUAUCACACCGUAUGUUGAUUUGAUAGAUGGACUUGUUGCUGGUUGGUUACCGGGUAGUGAAGGCCAAGGUGUGGCAGAUGUUUUAUAUGGUGACUAUGGUUUCACAGGAAAGCUUCCAAGAACAUGGUUCAAAAGUGUUGAUCAACUUCCAAUGAAUGUUGGAGAUCCUCAUUAUGAUCCCCUUUUCCCAUUUGGGUUUGGUCUUUCUACUGAACCUACUAAGGCUGUUUACUCUGAGUAGCUACAAUCUUCAUUCUUUAACUAUAUAUAUUUUCAUUAAAAGGGUGUGGAAGGUUGAUUUUGAACAUUUGGCUUGCAUUUUUAUUAGCACUGUACAAUGAAUGAUCUUCCAAAUUCUAGCAAAUCUCUGAUCAUUUUCUUUGGCAGAUCUAAACUAUCCCAGAACUUUAGGAGACAUCAUUUUAGGCUGCACCAAUAUCCUUAAGUAGGUUUGUUAGAAGACUAGCCAAUAUAACUCGUUUGUAAAAGUGAUCAUAUUUAUGUGUAGUUGUUAUUAUUUGAUUUAUGUUUUUCUUUGUAUUGGAGACAAAGUCUUCUAACUUGAGAGUUUAAAAAAACUUGAUUUAUCUAGAUGAAA